CGACGGCGGGCAGGCGGGGGCGGAGCCGCAGUCGCAGGCCCACGCCGUAAACAGACAACAUGGCGGCUGCGGCGGCGGCGACGGCCGGGCCAUUGGGGGCUUUGCAAGCCGGCGGUACCCGCUUGGUCGCCGCUUGCUGCACGCGACUGGGCCUGGGACUGGGGUUGCCCGGCUUCGCGACGAGCUUGCGGGUCGGACCGGUGAUCUGCGCCCGGGGCUGGACGCGUGCGGCCGUCGGGGCCGCCCCCAGGAGGGGCUACAGCUCUGAGGUGAAGGCGGAGGAUGAGCUGCGGCUGCGGUACCUGGAGGAGGAAAAUAGAGGAAUUGUGGUGCUUGGAAUAAACAGAGCUUAUGCCAAAAAUGCGCUCAGUAAAAACCUUGUAAAAAUGCUGUCAAAAGCCGUGGAUGCUUUAAAAUCUGAUAAGAAAGUGCGGACCAUAAUAAUCAGGAGUGAAGUCCCAGGGAUAUUCUGUGCCGGUGCUGACCUUAAGGAAAGAGUCAAAAUGCACUCCAGUGAAGUUGGUCCUUUUGUCUCCAAAGCAAGAGCAGUGAUUAAUGAAAUAGCUAAUCUUCCAGUGCCAACUAUUGCAGCAAUAGAUGGACUCGCGUUAGGUGGUGGUCUUGAGCUGGCUUUAGCCUGUGAUGUAAGAGUGGCAGCUUCCUCUGCAAAAAUGGGUCUUGUUGAAACAAAGCUGGCAAUUAUUCCUGGUGCAGGGGGCACGCAGAGAUUGCCACGUGCCAUUGGAAUGUCCCUGGCAAAGGAGCUCAUCUUUUCCGCCCGUGUGCUAGACGGCCAUGAAGCCAAAGCAAUAGGCUUGAUCAGCCAUGUUCUAGAACAGAACCAAGAGGGGGAUGCUGCCUACAAAAAGGCCUUGGACCUAGCACAAGAGUUUUUACCUCAGGGACCUGUUGCCAUGAGAGUGGCAAAAUUAGCAAUUAAUCAAGGGAUGGAGGUUGACUUAGUAACAGGGUUAGCCAUAGAAGAAGCCUGUUAUGCUCAGACCAUUCCAACGAAAGACAGACUUGAAGGUCUUCUUGCUUUUAAAGAGAAAAGGCCCCCUCGCUAUAAAGGAGAAUGAGAGAAAAACAUUUAAAAUGCCAAUAUAAUAAAGGUACUUCUGGCAGUAUCUUUCAGAUACACUGUAUGCCUCAGCAUAUGGAAUUUCAACGACCAAAGUGAAAAGCAAAUUAUUCAUAUAGUGUAUUAAACAUCUGGAAUGGAUGCAUACAUGUAUUUAGCUCAAAUGUAUAUCAUGUCAUAGUCAUUCAGAUUGUUAAAGCUACUAGUAUAUAUAUUGUCAAAAACCCGGGUCCAAAAUUAGUUAGACAUUUAAAAAAUUUCUUGCAUAUGAGGCUUUCCAUUCUUAAUUUUUUUAAAUGUGAAUAAUUUAUGUAUUGCACACUCUAGGAAAUAAUAUUGAUUGUAUGUCUACUGUGCUGCUUUAAGAAAAUAAAAUGAUUUCUGUAUACCAAAAAUGGGAAGUUAUGCCAAAUAAAAUUUCUAAAGGAUUAUACACAUGCUCACGCACAUACGUAUACACUUAAAUAUAUACAUCUCAACCUGAAAAACGAAUCAAUGAAAAUUACCACGUAUAAAUAAAAUUAGUGAAAAGAAAACUAACUUGAAAAAUGUUCUCUUUCCCCCUUUUUGAAUUGACUAAAUAAUUGCAUUUUGGGUUUCAGAAGCAACAGCCUUUCCAUGCCUGUUUUCCCUAUCAAGUGGCCUCUAAGUCAGUCCUAGACUACAGUGUGGAUGGUGAAGAAUUAACUCAGUCAGAGACUGAGGCCAGAGGGCUUGGGAAGUUGAUCAGAGACCUGGAACUACUGUAUUUCCAAGUCCUCUUCCUAGCAAGUGGCUAGUCCAUGGGCCCAACCAAGGAUUGGGCUGAUUCAAAAAGGAAGAAAGAAAAUGGUGCAGCCAAGGUUGGAUCAUAAGAAAUGGCUUGAGGUCAUGGAUUAAGAGUAAAGUGGCACCUCUUCUCUCCUUCCUAACCCCCAGCUGUUUGCAUCCAGUUUCAGUAAGGGAAGGAGGUGAAGACAACCACACUUUCUCCCAACUAACAGAAAGAUCAUGCCUUUCUACUACUGACCUCGCAAAGAACUAUAAAUGGAAGGUCACGGUGGGCACGUUUGAAUUUAAUAACCAUGUCCGCAGGGGUUGGGGGAUAGAUGUGAAGGACAUGGGAGAUGGUGCAUUGUAGGAUUCAGGGUGAUAAAGGAAAGAGCAUGUUACAGCUCUCUGAAAUAAGUCUAGAAAGCUUUAUUUUAUAUUCAUUUUCUCAAACCAGACUGUCUUCUGAGAUAUAUGUCCAAUUCUGUGACAAGCAGCAUGGGAGAAGCCCAGCUUUUCAAAGACCUGUACUUCGUGUAUUUGUUGGCUCUGGAAUCACCCCUUGUCCAAUGGCCAUUCUGCAGCUGUGCUUCAUUAUAGUGAAGUCUAAGCACAUUCAUAAAUUAUUCUCCUUUUGAAUUUUGGCUUACUGAAUAACUACCUAUUUUAUUGCCUGUUUACAUACUCCUCCCUGUGAUUCACUGCUGUUUGAAAGCAUAUGGAUUUUUCAUUUUUAAAAUCACUGAAACUUUUUUUUUUUUAAUUUUGGACAUUAAUUUCUCAAUCUCAAUUCUAAAAACCUUAGGAAGGAAAUACAGACUUGCCACCAGCUGAUGUUUAGCCUAAUAAAAGUGGGGUGGUUGGAUCCACUAAUGGGUGUAAACUGAGAGUGCUGUUUUCAUAAUCACCUUGGCCCUGAGACACUGCAGAUUAAUGAUGACGGCUCAGCUGAUCAGCAUAAUAUAAAAGGGGCUUAUUAAAAUUCACAUUUAAGUCCCUCCGGUGAUCAUAUCUGGUGGCGUGCACAUUUUGUUUACUGACAAACUUGCUGAGCUGUUCAUUUCAAGCGUGGUAAUUCACAAAUAAAGCACUGGUACUUGUUCUGUUAGUCCUUUUAAGGUUUCAGGGCCAUUUUGUGUCCUGUAUAUGACAUGCUAAAAUGCCAUUUCCAUUUUAACUGAGCAGGAAAUGAUUAUGUAAAAGGGAAGGAGAAAAUAUAUUAUGAGUGUGCUGAAUGGCUUGUCUCGUCUUUUAACGUGGAUUCAUGGUCUCGUCUGUUGCUGAUAGAGUCCCAUUUAAUCUCCUAACAAGUUCUGAUUAAGUCACUGGAGUGUAUAUGAAAACAAAGACAUCCUGUAGUAACUUCAAAUAUUACAGCAAGAGGGAAGCAUCUGCCCCAUUCUCUAUAAACGUUUGCCUUAGCCUUGAUUUUCCUUUCAGCAGAGCACUGUGAUGCUGGAGAGGAGUCCUAACUAACCCUCGUUCCCCAAGGCAAAGGUGCUUCUGGAGGCGGCCCUGCAGCUGCCACGGCAGCUCCUCUUGACUGGCUCUCCAGCACGGGAAAUGUUUGCCCAUCCUUAUGCUGAAACCAUGGCAGAAGACGAACGCGAGUUGGCAAUGCAGAAGCUAUAGGCAUAUGUUCAGAAUGUACUAAAGGAAACUCUGAGAAAAAGCGGAUGAUUAAUCGGACAUAGUAAAACUCAGUAGAUAAAAGCGAAAUAAAGAGGGAAACAUUUCCCUCAUCUCAGAGCAUGGCGACGUACUGGUCUUGAUUUAGUGCUGGUUAAUUUAUAACUUAUCUAUGAAAGCAAAAGAAGUCUCCCAGUUACUGAGAUUCUGAAACUCAAGAAAAGUUCUAAUCACGGCCAAAACGAGACUUGGAUUUCCUGUGAUUCAUUCCUGUGAUUUAAAGGAUCAUUUCAAGUUUGUGUUUGUUUUCGAUAAUAAGUGGAUCUAGUUCUCCAGUGAAUCAGUUCCUUUUCUUCCUCUCUCUUCUAGCUAUCAGAAAUGCAUGACUUAUAGCAAGGUGUUGUUUUUCUAACAAUACUUAGAAGAUGCUUUGUACAUGGGUUAAGGUAGCAGAGUGUCAAUUCUUGGAUGUGAUACUCACAGAAAAGUGCAUAUUUUUCACGUGGGUUUGUGGCUGGCUGGCCUCUUACCCUUUUGCUCACUUGAACAAAUUGUGAUACGCACUACUUUUGGUCUUAUUUGGGGUCAAAAACCCUGGCAGUCAGCUGUAUUUUGAUAUUUAAUCGUGCUGCUAUUGUUUGUCCAUUAGGCUAGUUAAAUAUUACUUACUGUGUACAUCAGUAUUUAUUGGGCUUUAUCAAAAUAGCAAUGAAAAUCUUUUUCUAAUAGUGUAUUUAAAAAUAAAUGGCUACAU